AUGAAAAGCCUGAUCCAGCUAACAUUUCUGCAAAUAGAAGGACUUGAAGCAAAAGCGAUGGAUGAAGAGCAGACUUACGGAAAUAACAAGAGAAAUCGGGACGGAUGUAACGUAGUCGAUAAGGAUUUCGGUUGUGACUGCACCAUCACAUGGUUCGAAACCAUCCUAAUGCUUGCCAAGCCCUUCAUCCGGCCUUUGAUAAAGACGAAGUUGUCGAAACGUGAUGCCAUCAAUAAAGUUCCAAAACCGAAACCUCGUUGGCAGAACAAGAAAAGACAACUGAAACAAGACAACACCAGUCGAAACACCUCAAGACCGUGUUUCGUCGAAAAUCACAGCAAGAAUCCACCAGUUCAAACCACACUUAAAUUUGCCGCGGGUGGUCCAGCUGGCGCGACGCCAACUGCAUGGCGUACGCGUCGCAGAAGUGAACAGAAGUGUACGCUGUGCGGAAUGGGCGGUAUGGCCACUCCUCUGGUUCGAUCAGUUGCAAGAUCUGCACUCACUCGUGGAUCAGCGAUCCGCACUAUUUCUACGUCUAACUGUCUUUCCCGCAAAGUUGAUGAUGUUAUGGAAAAGUGGCCAGCUGAGAAGUUCGACAAGCACUUUAUUGACUACCUGAACAGACCAGAAAUUGACGGUUGGGAAGUGAGAAAAGCGCUCACCGAACUUCACGACUACGACGUUAUUCCUGAUCCUAAGAUCGUCGAGGCAGGUCUGCGAGCCUGCCGUCGUGUCAACGACUUCAGUCUUUGCGUUAGAUUCUUGGAAGCCAUCAAGAUCAAAUGUGGAUCGAAGAAAAAUAGAGAGGUUAUCUACUCCUACAUAAUCAAGGAGGUGAAGCCUGUUCUUGAUGAGCUGGGUAUUUCUACACCCGAGGAACUCGGUUACGAUAAACCGGAACUUUUCAUCCCUCAACCAGACUAUUGGUGGGAAAAGAAGUGGUAUGCUGAGUACGGAUACGAUAAGAAACCUGCUUUUCAAUACUGA